UCCCCUGUGAUAUAAGCAAACCCUAAAAGCUCACGACUAUAAUAAAUACAUAAUUUGCAUUUUUAUUCUCCUUUUCCAUCGCCGCCGAACUGCUCUCUUCUCUCAGAUCGAUUCUUUCAAGCAAUAAUCAUGCAGAACGAGGAAGGAGUCGUCACAGAGCUAUACAUUCCGAGGAAAUGCUCGGCGACAAACAGAUUGAUAACAUCAAAGGAUCAUGCAUCUGUUCAGCUUAACAUUGGCCAUCUUGAUGCUGAUGGUAUCUACACUGGACAGUUCACCACACUUGCUCUCUGCGGAUUUGUCCGUGCUCAGGGAGACGCAGACAGUGGCGUGGACAGGCUCUGGCAGAAGAAGAAGGUCGAAACCAAACAACUUUGAGUGAGUGAGAGAGAUAGAGUAUCUAAGCUGCCUGCUUCCUCUUGUUAUCUUUGGGAUGUUUCAUUGAAUUUUCUCUAGAUGCGAACUUGUGUUUUGCUUUUCUAAUUUAUGGAAGAUAAUUUUAUAAGUUUUUUGUGGCACGU